AUGAAGUGGUCUAACUCAUUUUCAAUGCCGAAUCCAAAUACAAUAGAGGUUUCAAACUCGAAUUCGAAGAUCACAACGUCUGGAGAAUCAUCACGACAUAAUACGGUUAAUAUUCAUAAUUAUGAUGUUGGUGAGGAGUUGGGUGAGAGUUAUCAGGUAAUUAACAAUGAGAAGGGUGAGAGUUCUCAGGCAGUAAAUACUGACAAAGGUAAAGGGCCAUUAGUGUACAGUGAUAAUGAAGAAGGGGAUAUGGGUGGUCUAAGUAGCAGUGAUGAUGAAGAUGAUGAUAAUGAUAGGUUAGUUGAUAGUGAAGAAGAGAUAGCACUUGGAUUUGAAGAUGUGUUUGAGGAAGUGGAUAAUGACAAUUUGAAUGAAGAUAGUGGGGCAAAUAUGGCUGGUGAAGAAACAAAUGUGCAACUGGAUAAUAUAGCUGAUGUGGAUGCCACUGAUUGGGGAAAGGAGUAUGAGAGUGAAGAGUUAGAUUCUAAUGAUCCUGAUUUGAGUGGUGAUGAGAGAGCACCUGCUUAUGAUGUAUUUAACCCUAGCCAACUAACCAAGGAUUAUGUGUUCAUAGUUGGCAUGAAUUUUAAGAGUCUUAAAGAGUUCAAGGAUGGUGUAAGGGAGUGGUGUGUAUUAAAUGGGACCCAUAUUAAAAUCUUAAAAAAUGAUAAAGAAAUGUGUAGGAUAGUGUGCAAAGAUUCCAACUGUCUUUUUACAGCCCUUUGUAGCAAGAUGGCCUAUAGUCAUUCAUUUAAAUUAAAGACAUGGUAUGAGGACCACACAUGUGCUAGGGUUUUAGAAAACCGUAGUGCUGAUGCAAACUUUGUUACCAAAUAUGCCCUUGAUAAGAUGAGGACCUCUGAGAUGAAGGUUAGUGAUAUAAUGUCAGAUCUGAGAACACACAAAUCAGUUGGAGUGUCAUUUUACAUAGCUUGGAUGGCAAAAAAGAAGGCCAAGGAACUCAUAGAAGGGGAUGCAAGGAAACAGUAUACCUUACUGUGGAGGUAUGCAGUUGAGCUUCAUAGGGUGUCCCACGGAAAUAGGUGUAAGAUAAAUGUUGAAAGGCUGUCCUUGAGUGUUCAACCAAGGUUUAGCAGGUUUUAUUUUUGUUUUGACGGUUGCAAGCAAGCCUUUUUAUCAAGUUGUAGGCCAUUCAUAGGGGUGGAUGAUUGUCAUUUGAAAACCCAAUAUGGAUCCUUGGUUGUAGUGGGUAGAGAUGCAAAUGACCAAUACUUCCCUUUGGCUUUUGGAGUUGUAGAGACUGAGACAACAGAUCCUUGGAGGUGGUUCCUUACCUUACUGCUUGAAGAUAUUGGAACUAACAGGAGAUAA